AUGGGCGAUAUUAUACGCAUUAAGAGGCAUCACUAUGUGCACAUACUAGACUAUAACACAAAUGUUACACGAUGUAUGGUGGGGCCGUUGGUUUACACACGCAGGGAGAAUGAACGGUGUCUUUUUAAUCCAAAGCCAUGCAUUGUUGUGCCACCACGAUUUUAUUGCAUCGUCCAGAAUCCUUGUGUGCGGGAUGCAUCUGGCAAUCCAGUGAUUGGGGAGAACUCCAGUGUGAUGCUGCGCAUGGGGGAGGAGGAGAUUUGCUUUGAGCAGGAGCCGUUUCCGUUACAACCGGGGGAAGUGCUGAAGCGAGAAGAAGGGGAAUGGCUCUUCAAAAUGAAGUUAAUUCCUGUCAACACGGGAUACCAUGUUCGUUGUCUCUGCGAUUUUACAGAUAAGAACUCCGUGUUGAGGCGGGCUGGGACGGAGUGGUUGGUCGAAGGUCCGCAGACAUACGUGCCACGCGUCGAAGUCGAAGUUCUGCGAGAAGUUCAUGCGCAUAUCAUCAGCCCAAAUACGGCGUUACAUAUCCGCGCCCUGGUGAAAUUUACAGACCGUACUGGUGUGCCUCGUGAAGCAGGGGACUUGUGGACAGUGAAAACUGUUGGCGCGUACCUGCCGGCUGUGGAGGAAGAUGUCAUUGGCACCUUUCAAGGCAUUACACUGACCGACACCGAGGCCGUCCACUUGGAAGCCCUCUCAAACUUUACGGAUGUUUACGGAAAAAGACGGAGGGCUGGAGAGAGAUGGUUAGUGACAAAAGAAGAUGCUUCUAUACAUAUUCCUGACGUCCAUGAAAAGGUCAGUGGCAAGGUGCGGGCGAUUGUGCUGAGUGAGAAGGAGUACUGUGUCGUGCAGAAUCCCCUCGGCGCGGACGGACUGAACGAAUUUGGACGAAAAGAAGUACGUAAAGGGGAGUGCCGUUUUUUCCUUCACCCGCAGGAAGAAUUACUUGGCGGUAUGCAGCCCAUAAAUGUGGUUAGCAAAGAUCAAGCUCUCCUGCUUCAGGCGGUGGACUUUUUUGACGAUAAUGGAAAGAUUCGACGCCCUGGAGAAAAAUGGAUGUUGCAUGGGCCCGCAGAGUACAUCCCUGAUGUGAAUGUUCGUAUAUUGGAGCAGCGGAAUCUCAUUGCGUUGGACAAAAACGAGGGCAUCUAUGUCAUGAACACCACCACGGGCGUGGUGCGGGUUGUGAUUGGGAAACCGUACAUGCUGAAUGAGAAUGAGGUGCUGUGGGAGAAGGAAAUUUCCCCAAAAGUGGAGGAGUUACUUGCCUUUGCGAAUGGUUGCAUGUCAGAAGGGGAACGAAAUCCGGGGUUUAAAAGUACACGUGUGCGGCAUCGCGUUGUCCGUUUCAACGUUCAACACAACGCGGCGGUGCAGAUCUAUGACUAUAAACAGAAGAAACUCCGUGUUGUGCUUGGGCCAAAUUUGGUGAUUUUAUCGCCCGAUGAGGAGUUUACGGUGGUUUCACUCAGUGGGGGAAAGCCAAAAGUACCCAAUUCGUUGCAUUGCCUGCAACUUUUUUUGGGCCCCCGCUUCUCAAGCGACCGCAUCGUUGUGGAGACAUCGGACCACGCCCGUCUGGAGCUGGACCUUUCCUACAACUGGUACUUUGAUGUAAACCGUGAGGAACCGGAUGCUAAAAUAUUCUCCGUGCCAGAUUUUAUUGGGGACUGCUGCAAGACGAUCGCCUCGCGUAUUCGUGGCGCGGUGGCCGCGGAGGACUUUGACUCCUUUCACCGUAACUCCGCUAAGAUCAUUCGUGUGGCCGUCUUUGGCCGCGGUGAGAACGGUGAAAUCAACACAUCCCUACGGUUUCAGCGAACAA